AUUUUGAUAAUGCCCUGACAAUAAUCAGGCUGUCCCGCUCAGUUUCGGAUGCGGAGCUGUGGUAGCUCUAGGCUAAACUGCGCCCUUCAUCUCUUACCUGCAUUGCAUGCAUGGCUUUCAUUUUCCAACUGCAUUCCACGAUUUUCCAUUUUCCAACUGCAUUGCAUGACUUUUGUUUUCGGCUUUCUCAGACACGUUACAAUAUCCAUACGACACUGCCCUUCAUACAGCCCUUCAUACGAAAGUCGUUAAGAUUUGCAACUUAUUUCUACGCCCAGAAAUGGGCCAAGGUGUUUUCAUAUAGAUCGUCUUCCGACCGCCGUCUCGCAUACAAAAAAAACCUCAUCGACUGCCAUGCCUUCCAAGGAGGAUCCCAUUAUCAUCGUGGGUGCUGGUGUGUUUGGUUUGACAUUGGCGCGUGAGCUUUGCCAGCGGGGAUACAUUCGGGUUUCCGUCCUUGAUCGCCAUCCACCCCCCGUGCCAGACGGAUCCAGUGUUGACCUUUCGCGCAUCAUCCGCUCCGACUAUGCUGAUGCGCAGUAUAUGAAAAUGGCGGAUGAGGCUGUAGCCGGCUGGAAAUCCGAGUAUUCGCGAUAUUACCAUGAGAGUGGAAUUCUCAUUAUCUCGGAUGAGGGCGGGCAUUCCUAUCUGGAAAAAGCAAAAGAGCAGGUCCAGUCACAAGGCGGGAAAAUCAAUAUCUUUGAUAAUGCGUCACGCAUUCGAGACGCCCAUUGCGAGUUCACAAGCGGGACGCUACGAAACUGUGAAGGAUAUCUGAACCCACGUGGCGGCUGGGCUGACAGCGCUGGAGCGGUGCGUCACCUAGCAUCGCAGUGCUCGGCUUUAGGCGCCUCAUUUGUUACUGGUAUUCGCGGCUCAGUUGAUUCUUUUGUUCUAGAUGGCACGCGUGUUGUUGGCGUGAAUGUAAAGGAAGGCCCUCCAUUGCUCGCAGAGCAUGUGGUUUUAGCCACAGGGGCAUGGACAUCUCGACUUAUAGAUAUUACCUCAAAUGCUGUCAGCACUGCUCAGCCUGUGGGCUUCACCCAACUCACUGCUGAUGAAGCCGAUAUGCUUCGCAGAAUGCCUAUCGCUCUCGAUCUUGCCAGUGGUUUCUUUGUCUUUCCUCCUACGCCAAGUUCGAAUAUUCUGAAAUGUGCUCGGCAUGGGUAUGGCUAUGAGACUCGCAUCUCAAUGACCACGCCUACAGGUGAGCAGCAACAGGUCUCAGCUCCAAGGCUUGAUGGCGAUGGUACUAGAGCUUUAUUCUUGCCAGAGGAUGCUGAAGUCUCACUUCGGGAAGGAUUACGGCGUUUUUUCUCGUCAUCAAUCUCAGAGAGACCCUUUGUUAAGAAACACCUGUGUUGGUACACAGACACUCCCAAGGGUGACUUCAUUGUUGAUCAUUAUCCCCAUCUCCAGAACCUCUUCUUGGCGACUGGCGGCAGCGGACACGCAUUUAAAUUUCUACCUAUUUUAGGAACCUACACCUGUGAUGUGUUCGAAGGGUUAGCCCCACAGUCUCUCAGUCAGAAGUGGGCAUGCAGAGCUGACGACACGGAUGUCUUGAUGCACGGCGAUGGCAGUAGAGGAGGUCCGCCAAGACGGCACCUACAAGAUUGGGAACAACUUGAAUUUUUAGGCAUAUCAUAACUCUAUAUAGUAGGUGGCUGAGCUAGAUAAAAACGAAAAGCUAAGACAAAAAUAUAUAUUAAAACCAAAAACCAAAAAGCAUAUAACAGUAGUAGUAGAAACGAAAAGCUAAGAUGAG